GCUGGGCACGUGGGCGGGUUUAGUUUACGGCGUUCUUCCCCGUGUGGGGCUGACUUGUUUGUAGCACCGGAACCAUAACAAGAGCCAGAGAGCAGGUUUUUUGCUCGCAGUCUGCACGCUCAUUCCGCGCUUCUCCCUCUCGGCGUGGAUAGACGCGAGCCCGAGUGUCUGACUGACGUUUCGCCUGUGUUGGUGGCGUGGGAAGGAAGUGGGAGCAGACAGACUCUGCGUGCAGACAUGACCAGACUUUUCUUUUAACUUCAACGUUUUAUCAACUUUGUUUUAUUUCUUUUUUCUGUUUGUGCGCACUUAGUGUGGCCAGUGCACGAGGAGACGUGUCUGCAGCCUGGGAGCAGCAGCACAGCACAAAGGUCGCUGGGGAAAGUUCAUGGGUGGGAGGGUUUGGUCGCUAGACACCGUGCCAGUCUGUCAUACUAGCCACUCCUGAGACACAGCCGAGGGACGCGCACACUCUCUCUUGUCCGGCUCCGAGCAUGACUGACGAACUCGACCUGCCGCCUGGCGCACUGGAGAUCUCCAAAGACUCGUGCUUACACCAAAAGUUUGGUUAGAAAUCUGUUUCCAAUCUGUAGGAUCGCUUUUAUUUUGCCAUCCUCUGCAGCAAACCAAAGACCACCUCUGGCUCCCAUUAUUUCUCCAUAGAUGAUGAGCUUGUGUAUGAAAACUUCUAUGCAGAUUUCGGACCGCUUAACCUGGCCAUGCUAUACCGAUACUGCAUGAAGUUAAACAAAAAAAUCAAGUCCUUUUUGAUGACUAAGAAGAAGAUUGUUCAUUACACCUGUGGCGAUGAUAAGAAACAAGCCAAUGCUGCAUUUUUAGUGGGAAGCUUUGCUAUAAUCUAUCUAAACAAGCAGCCUUUAGAGCUGUAUCGGCUAUUGCAAGCUGGGAGCACAAACUACCUUCCUUUUAGGGAUGCUUCAUUUGGAACCUGCAGUUUUCACUUAACCCUUCUUGACUGCUUUAAUGCUCUGCACAAGGCUUUACAGUAUAAUUUCUUUGAUUUCAAAACAUUUGAUGUGGAGGAGUACCAACAUUAUGAGAGGGCUGAAAAUGGUGAUUUCAACUGGAUUGUCCCAGAGAAAUUCUUAGCUUUCAGUGGGCCUCAUCAAAAGAGUAAAAUAGAAAGUGGUUACCCACACCAUGCUCCAGAAGCCUAUUUCCCUUACUUCAGGAAACACAAUAUUACUACUAUCGUUCGCCUUAACAAGAAAAUGUAUGAAGCAAAAAGGUUUACUGAUGCCAAUUUCGAACAUCAUGAUCUAUUCUUUGUUGAUGGAAGUACUCCAAGUGAUGCUAUUGUCAAAAAAUUCCUUAACAUUUGUGAGAAUGCCGAAGGAGCCAUCGCGGUACACUGCAAAGCUGGUCUGGGUCGGACUGGUACACUAAUAGGGUGUUACAUGAUGAAGCAUUACAGAAUGACCGCAGCAGAAACCAUUGCAUGGAUCCGCAUAUGCAGGCCUGGCUCUGUCAUUGGCCCUCAGCAGCAGUUUAUGGUGGAUAAGCAGCAGGGCCUAUGGAAUGAAGGGGAUAUUUACCGGAAAAAGUUACAAGAGCAGGAAAAUGGAAAUCGAUGUGCAGUCACGUUUAUUCUCUCUGGUGUGGAUGACAUUUCUAUUAAUGAUGAUGAGAGCAAGACAUGUGGGAAAGAAGAUCUUGGACUGUAUAGCGAUGAUGACAAUGAAUCCAUCCAUGUGACUCAAGGGGACAAGCUCCGUGCUCUAAAGUGUAAACGUCAAACAAGAGUAUCAGGGGCAGCACCAUUAUCAGUAAUUCUGCAAUCCCGCCUGCAGCCCCCCCAGUCAGGUUUAUCUGGCAAUCCAUGCAUUGCAAAAAGAGCCACCAGGUCUUCUGCAGGAUGCAGCACUUUGAGAGGCGUGAUUUCCGAGAGGAAGAAAAGGAAUGCUUUGCACCAAAUGCGCUUAGUGAAACUAUGUCAUUCCAUUCCAAAGACCAGAACUGUGUUGCGAUAAGAACAAGCCAAGGGUCACCAUUGCUGAAGCAAACGCUACAAUGACUUUUAAUAGAAGCCGAACAUCUUAUCCUUGUAUUUACAGGAUUUGCAUCUUGCUCGCCAGCAGCAUGACAGACACUUACAUAAUCCAAUGUAGGAAUGCCCAGUCCUCCUCUAACUGGACUCUACUGCUACUCACACAGCUGCACGGGCUGUCUCAGGCACAGUCCAUACAAACUGCAGCAAAGGAAUCAGAUGGUGGGGUUCAUGCAUGGUUCAUAAACUGUGAUGGCAAUCAUUUUAGCUCCAGGGUGACUCUGAGCUCUAGAUUUCUACGGUUUCCACCAGAAACAUACACAAGUAACCAGGACGGCUUCAUAGAGUCUGACACAUUCCAUGCGGCUUGUGUUCAUUUCCUUCUCUUUUUUUUUUCCUUUUUCAGUAUUCCUUGUUUAAAAGGAAGCAAUGUGUAUAUAAUGUGUAAAUAGCAAAUCAUUUUAAUGUUCAGUAGACCAAAGUGGUGUUUCUCGUGUGUAUUCCUAGAAUGUUGCAAGUCACACACAACAAAUUGUAGGAAGGACCUUUUUUUUUUUUUUUUUUAUACCCUCAGGAGGGAUGGCCAAUUUGCAGAUAAACUGAAAAAGAUUUGCACAUUUUAAAAUUGAUUUAGAAAAAAAGAAAGCAAAUUAAAUGUAUCUGAUGUUUGGAUAAGCUGUGCAACUUUUCGUGCCUAUAUUAGGAGCCCCAUUGCCAUGCUGAGAAAAUGUCACAUCUGCCUCUACUGCACUAUAGUUAUGGGCAAGUGGUGGCCUAGAUGAUAAUUAUGAUAGAGGCAAUGAACUACAAUUCCCAGCAGCUAUGUUGUACAUUGGGCACAUCUAGUUGGAUCCAUUUGAGUGAGUGAAUUAGGGAAUGUUCAGCCUAUGAUAAAUCCCUUUGUAGGGCACCACAAUGAGGACUGUGUAAUAUACUGGGCAAAUGAAGAUGCUGCUGCUGCCAGGUGCAGAAAUGCUCUGCUUGCGGAAUUAUGGUAACUCACAGGUCACAUCUGUUUCCUUACAUUGUUGUUUCUGCAAUGCACUGUGAGUGUUAACUGAAAGCAAGCAAAGCUUGCAUAGGCUCAGUGCAGCACUUGCACAAGAAACACUCUACAGACAAGAAUAGUAAGACACUGUGAUAACCUUGCCCUAUACUGGAUCUCACUCCGUAUGUAAUUGUGGCUGUUUUCCUUGCUUUGUCACGGAGUUGGCAGGUUAGCCCCAGAUUAUUCAGGCACAGUUUACGUUAGCUGCUUUCUGCAUACAUAAAGUGAGUCUAGAUAGUAGGGGUUUGGUUGUUCUAUUGUAUUUCUGUAGUUAAAAUAUAUUCACUAAUAUUGCUCUGUGCAAGAUGGCAAUUUGAAAUGAUACAGCUCCCCGUACUGAACAUAUUGAUUCAUGGGAAUUCAUGAUUACUAUGGCAAGUCUGUGUUGAAGUGCUUGUUUCUAAAGGCACACUACCUGUUUAGGAAACUCUUGCUAUUAGGAUUAGUAGGGAGUUAACUUAAUCACCCCCCCCCCAUAGGGCAAUUGAAGCAGCUGUUGCAGGUCACUGCAUUGUUGUGCAUGGAGUAAUUAGCCCCAAUCAGGCUUAUGAACAUACAAGAGUCUUUGGGUGGAGGAAGAAUGUUCUUGAUCUACAUUCAUUAUACUCCUCAUAGGUACAAAUCUGAAUGGGUCCAAGAGCUGUUGGCAGCAGAACAGUCGGGGGUCAUUUAUAAACACUGAUCUGAUUAGUUUCCAUGGGUUAGUGCCCCGGUGCAAAUUUGCUGUUUAUUUUCAUUGUUCUACCUGCAUCUGGCUGAAAAAGCUUAUCACUGAUUGGUUGCUAUAGGUAACUGCCCAGUUGCAAAUUUGGUCAAUGUUUAUAAAUGAGCCCCACAUGGCACCUGCAGCUCCCAAAAAUGUAAUGAUCCACUAUCCUGAAUCAUAAGCAAUAUAUGUGCAGGGACUAGAUUAUUACACCAUUUCAGGCUGCCUUGUGUCUCUUUUAAGAAGAAAAAAAAAACAGAUUUUUUUAGAUUUUGUGUGACAUGCCUAGGAGCCAAGUCUAAAUAUCAUGUCAGGCCCUCUGGAAUCUAGAGAGUUCAAAGAACUAAGAUUGAUGGGAUGGUGGGGUGUGUAAUUCAUCAUAGGCAUCAUGUUUUUAGCUGGGAAUUGCCAAUCAACCAUAUCCCUGUAUGCAGUUACAUGGCACUAAGCUUGGGGGUUUUUUUUUUUUUACUUUAUUUUGAAUUGAUUUGACAUAUUCAUGUUUCAGUGAGUAUUGUGGGUCAAAGCACAGAAAACUCGUUUGAUCAACUGACGUAAUAGAAUUCUACAUUGAUGCCAUUCCUUUGCCUCAGUCUGAGCAACAUUUAGUCUCUUUAUUUUCCCAUUU